AUGAUCCAGGUCAAGUUCACUACGGAGCAGCCAAGCGAAUACUUACAAGGAACAAAAUUCUACGGAAUAUGGUACGGAGUUACUAGUGACUCAAAACUUGUUGGUUACACAGAUAGUGACUGGGCAGGGUCCAUAGACGACAUGAAGAGCACGUCAGGAUAUGCCUUCACACUUGGAUCAGGAAUAUUUUCAUGGGUAUCAAAGAAGCAAGCAACUGUUGCGCAAUCAUCAGCAGAAGCAGAGUACAUUGAAGCAGCAAUGACUACAAGCCAAGAUAUAUGGCUCAAAAGAAUACUUGAAGACAUGGGAGAAUUACAAGAAGAAGCUACAAAGAUCUAUUGCGACAGCAAAUCAGCUAUAGCAAUGGCAAAAAAUCCAGUAUUUCAUAGUAGAACUAAGCAUAUAAGCAUCAAGUACCAUUUCAUCAGAGAAGCAGAAGCAAACCAAGAAAUCGAGCUCAAGCACUGCAAGACUGAAGAGCAGGUAGCCGACAUAUUCACAAAGGCACUACCAAGAGGAAAGUUUGAGCUAUUGCGAGACAUGAUCGGAGUUACCGAAAUGUGGAUUUGCGUGUUGAAUUUUACACAAAAUCCAUACCAACCAACGGGAGAAUGCUUGAAAAAAGACCAAGAGAGGAUAAUGCAAUGGGACAGCAUCCGCACAACCCUUUGCUGCCGUAACACACUCACGGCCUUGUCUCAGGCCUUAGCCUUGAGAACACUCAUGACGCAGCCACCCGACACCGCCACAAUCUUCAUCUCCCAACCCCUCUGGAGAAACUGCACAGCUGGCCCUUUCACCCGCCAGCCCUCGGUGUCGGCAGACUUAUGCGGCUUCAGCGGCUUGUUCUACGGCGACAGCAGUAGUCACUGCUCCAACUUAACUCUUCAAGAAGUAAAGCAAGCCAAGGCGUAUGAAGGUGCUGUCACAGCUUGCAGCAACACCUCUUAUGGCGAUUUUAAUGGUGUCUGUCCUAAAUGUACGGCGGCCUUGACGAGUCUGAGGGUUGAAAUAAUGGCUAGAUUUGGAAAAGUAAAGAAUGAGAAUGCUGAGACGGCUAUCUGUACCGUCGCAGCUGUGGUGUCUAUUGUGGCCGCCACUUUGGCAAGUAGUUUGCGGACUGAGGAUAUCUUCCAGUGCUUGCUUUUGUUAGACAAGUUGGAUCCAGAUUACCUGAAGAUUAAAUAUGCGUUGGCGGAAGUAGUGUUGGCAAUAGUAAUAGCCACAAUCGCAAUAGCACUGAUCAUAGUACUGGUAAAAUAUGUAAGCAAGAAGAAGAAGGGUGUGAAGAUGAAAUUGGGAAAAUCAAACAAAGAGCAGUUCCCAGCUUGGUCAGGGCUGUAUAGAUUCUCAACGGCUGAGAUAGAGAAAGCGAUUAGCUGCGGCGGGAAUGAGAGCUUGGGAAGAGGGAGUGCAGGCCACGUGUUCAAAGGUAUUUUGCCAAGUGGCCAACCUGUGGCCAUCAAGCAUAUACACCAGAACAACGACCAUGCCGACUCUUUUAGACGCGAAGUGGAAGGCCUUUCAAGGAUUCGACACCCCAACCUUGUUUCCCUCUUUGGUUUCUGUAUUCAAGAUGACUGCCGCUAUCUUGUCUACGAGUACUGCGCCGGUGGAAAUCUUUCUCACCAACUUCUAAGGAAAGAUACCCUUUUGACAUGGGAUAAAAGGGUGAGGAUUCUACGAGACUGCGCCAUUGCACUUAGGUAUCUUCACCGUAAUAUAGAUGGCUGUAUUGUUCAUAGAGAUAUCAAGCUUACAAAUAUCCUUUUGACUGAGACAUUGGAGCCAAAGCUGUCUGAUUUUGGGUUGGCAAAGUUGUUGAACAUGGAGGAAAGUAGAGUAUUCACUGCUAUUAGAGGAACCAUAGGUUAUAUGGACCCCGAAUACAUGAGCAACGCCAAGUUGACAUGUGCCAGUGAUAUCUACAGUUUUGGCAUCGUCACUCUCCAAAUUUUGGCUGGCCAGAAAGUUAUCGAGCUAAAUAUCGUUGCUAGUGAUCAACUCACAAGAAAGGCAAAGGAUGUUAAUUUAGGGAAUCGUCCCAUAGAGGACUUUGAAGACCCACGACUGAAAGGGAAGUACAAUAAGGCUGAUUUUAGAUCCAUUCUUUCAAUUGCUAUAAUGUGUGUUGCAAGCUCAAGUAAAGAUCGCCCAGAUAUUGAAAUGGUACUUCAUGAGAUGAAUAAGGCCUGGAAGAACACCGAUGAAUUCAAGCGAAUGAAGAAGACAAAGCAAGGGUCAUCAAAGUACAUAAAGAGUGAUUUUGUUUGUAUUAAGAACUUAAAGGAUGGAGCACCCAACCAUAAGUACACCACACUUGAACUACAUAUUAACCAUGCAUCUUCUACAUCCCUCAGAAACAACUCACUUGAAAGGCUGUUCUGUGCUAGAUAUGCCAUUGUUAAAGUUUUCAUGGUGUCAAUCGAUAUUGACCUUUGUCCUUGA